CUUUCCUGUACAAAGUCCACUGACUUUACGAAAGACUGCUGUUUAAAAAAAAAGAUGAAUUUCGAGAUAGUUUAAAAAAGCAAACCUGCUUUUAAUGUGCUUUAUAUUUUUACAUCCUGUAUGUAGAUGUUCGGCGUCACUUCUUUCGCUUCUGCAGAUGAUAAAUAAACAGACAAAUCAUGCAGAGUUCAGUCGAGUCCUUCAUAACUGUGCUGGAGUCAUACAGAGGAAGAGAUAAAGUGAUACGGACCCUCUGCUAUGGCUCUCAGCUGGUAGGGGGCAUCCUGUCAGGAAAGAGCCCUCAGUCCUCAUUGGGAAAGAGUCUCCUGCUGUUCUCGGCUCAGUUGAGUCACUGCAGAACCACACUCCGGCUCUUUGAUGACCUGUCUAUGCUGGCGUACUCCUCUGGCUAUGGAUUAGGAGGCUCGGAGAAAGAUGCUCUGGUGCGCUGGAUGUCCGUUCUGAGUAAUGUAGCUGAUCAGUUGUAUUAUCCCUGUGAGCACAUCGCCUGGGCCGCAGAUGCAGAGCUCAUCAAAACUAAAUCUGACCGGUGGUGGGUGCUGAGCACAGGCCUCUGGGGUGCAUCGCUGGUCCUCGGCAUACUCAGGUCCAUUAGAUCCAUCCUGAUUCUGAAGCGAAAAGCACAGAAGUGUCACAGAUCAGGCUCAGCUGAGAGCAGGGAGGAAGCAUUUUCUCAGAAAGCUGCGCUGAAGAGGCAGAUCAGAGCAGAGGUGUUCAGCAUCCUGAGCAGUUCAGCUGAUCUCUGCAAUGCCGUUCAUUGGAUGCCGCCGGGAUUUCUGUGGGCUGGACGGUUUCCUCCAUGGCUGGUGGGACUGAUGGGAACGACCUCCUCACUGAUAGGCCUUUUACAGAUGAGCUCUGCUGAUCAAGGAGCAUCCUAGUGAACUAUUACACUGCAAGGAAAUGCUUACUCAUAGAUUUUUGGUUUUGUUUCUACUGCAAAUAUAGAAAUAUUCUUAAAUCAAGAAGCAUUUUCUAGACAGUAUUUUCAGAAUUGAGUCAAAAUUAAGUGAGUUUAUUCUUAAAAGAAGCACAAUAAUCUGCCAAUGGGGUAAGUAAAUGAACCUUAUGUCAAAGUGAAAAGGAGAUUAUUAUUUGCUUACCCCAUUGGCAGAUUAUUUUGCUUCUUUUCAGAAUAAACUCACUUAAUUUUGACUCAUUUCUGAAAAUACUGUCUAGAACAUGGUUUCCCAACCCUGUUCCUGGAGGCACACCAACAGUACAUAUUUUGGAUGUCUCCCUUUUCUGACCCAUUAACUCCAGGUGUUGGAGUCUCUUCUGAUGUUAUGAUAAGUUGAUUCAGGUGUGUUUGAUUAGGGAGAGGUUGAAAAUGUGUACUGUUGGUGUGCCUUCAGGAACAGGGUUGGGAAACACUGGUCUAGAAAAUGCUUAAAAAUAACUUAUUUCGACAUUAAUUUGGGAAACAAUAGAAAAAUUUUGCUUGUCUAGAAAAUGUUUGUUGAUUUUAAGAAUUUUUAGAUAUUUGGACUAGAAACAAGACUAAAACUCCAGGUAACAAAAAGCAGUGCACUGAAUGACUUUACACUGCAUUGCUGAUUACAAAUCUGUUACUGUUUGUAAUGUAGUUAACUGAUAAUUGAACAAUGUGCACUUUAUAAAGAUUAAUGCUAAAUCAGUCUUUUGAAAUGUUAAUUUCUACACAGGUAAAUGAUUUAAACAAUGUUAUGUUUAAUUGUGUAUUUAUUUUUGAAAAUGUAGAUUUUUUUUAAUGAUGUGAGGAUUCUUAA